AUGGCCACGCAGGACAUGGUGAUGUCCUUUCUCGACCAGCAAGUUCGCAGCAAGCUCCAGGUCCGGCCGCCCGAGGACGGCACCGCAGAGGCUGAGGCAGCGGAGGCGGAGUGGGCGGCUCGGUGGAAGACGUGGAUGCACCCGUGGCGCUGUGGAGCGCCGGCUGCUUCACCCACAGCCAGCUGCGACGGCCGACCCGUGCGAGAGAGGCUGCUGCUGCUCUCCGAGUCUCCUCUCGUCUGGGCUAUCCCCGGCUUCUGUUCUCACGAGGAGUGCGCUCGCCUCAUCCAACUCGGCGCGCGUGGACUGCAGCCUCCUCCGGGCUGGUCGCCCGAGUGGAGAGGCCGGCAGGUUGCGAAGACGACCGUGGCGGGUGGGGCGUCGAAGGAGGAGGAGGAGCGACUACUCGCCACGCUCAGAGAGAGGGUGCACUCACUGCUGGGCUCUCCGGGCGAAGGCUCGCUGGGCCUGCAGCUAUCUUUCAACGCACCCGAGGAGGAGGCGGGGCUCACGAUUGGGUUGCACACAGACCUCAACAACGGGGCCGAGUCUCGCUGGGCGACCGUCCUCCUCUACCUCAACACCGUCCCGCCACACGAGGGAGGAGCCACCGUCUUUCCUGCCGCCAGCGCGGAGCUGUCCGCGCUGGGCGUCACCAGCACCUCGGACGCAGUGAGCUUCGCUGUUGAGGAGGAUGGCGAGGUCAGCGUGGAGUGCCUCGAAGGCGGGGGUGCUGCCGCGGUCCUCACUGCCGCCGCGCAAGCUGCGGCGGCAUCGGCCCUCACCGCCGCCCCUCGCGGCAGCCGUCAGGGCGUCCUCAGCAGCCACGGCCCUAGCGGCGUCGGGCUCUGCGUGCACCCCUCCGAGGGAUGCGCCAUCCUCUUCUACUCACAGAGCGGAGGAGGAGGCGUGGAUCCCCUCUCGUGGCACGGUGGAGCCGCCGCGGCGGGCCUCGGCAAGUGGACGGUCCAGUGCUUUGCGACGCUGCCCGAGUCUGUGCGCGGCGACGAGGCGCGAACCAGAGCCUUCCUGUCCGCUCACCGCAUCGGGAGGGACGGGGACGGAGAUGUGACAUGA